CAUUGUGUUAGUGUGUGUGUUUCAAAUCAAAAGCGCAAGUUAGUGCGUAUACGCUUGUGCAGCUCUUAAAUUAUUUGUUAAAUGUGUAACUUAUGAUAACGCACUGGCAAGGGUCAUUACUCGGAGAGUAGAAAUUGUGUGAGUUAAUUUAUUCGUUGAAUAUUGGCACAAUAUUGGCAUUGUUGCUUUGAAUCCCGUUAUAUGUGUGAGAGCGACCAGAAUGAGCGCCAGAGCGACAAUUCACAUGCCCAAGCGUGCACGCCAUUGGUCGUUACGUGUGUGAGCAUCCAGAGCAGCGAGCCUUGUGAGAGCAGUAAUUGCAAUUGUAUUAGUGUCAACGCCGGCUUAGCGUAGGCGCGACUUAUGGGGAGGCAAUUCAGUCUGUGCGCGCCCGUCCUGUCGAUCGGUUGUGUUUUCUGCGCGUGUGCUACAUUUUUUUUACUAUUUUUUUUUGUUGUGUUUAACUAAAUGUUUAUAAACGCGGGUAGUGCGUAUCGUGUGUUUUUGUGUAUAUAUAAAAUGUAAUAGUCCAGCAGCCGUUCUCUGCCUUAAAAGUAAAUUAAGUGUUCGCUAGUUUUUGGCGCUCAGCUUUGCAGCUAACAACAAAUUGGCGCGCAUCCUGCAGCAGAAUGAAGGAGAGAGAAAAGGGAAGAAAGAGAAUAGGAAAAAGAGAGGAUUGUGGAGCUAUAUAAACAACAGCUUAGUGAUAACAGAUGUCUGGCCCAAGCUGGGGGGGCAACAGAGCGGAACGAAACGGAAUGGAAGGGAACGGAAUAGAACACGCGACGUGGUCCAAAACGGACACGUUGCGGUCGUAAAUCUUGGCGUAGGCGCAUGUGACACAUGAAUAUAUAUAAUAAAUGAGGCUCUGGAUAGCAUGACUACUGGAAGUAACCGACUAGGAGAUACCCUAAGACCGGCGUGCAGCUGCCGUUACAAACAUUCAAGCUUCCUUCUACACACAAAUAACAUACACACACAAGCACACACCGCAACUCACACACACGCACGCAUACAUACACACAUAUGAGAAAUGCAGUGUUGAUUAACUUCGUUCAAGAUGACGCAGUUGUGUUGCACAGUUUUGCUGCUGCUGCUGGCUGCGGCGGCAACAGGUAGCCACAACAACAACAACCACAACAACACCCGCUCGCACAGCCAUCGGCUGCAUCGACAGCGUCAUUCGCACAGUGUCAAGUCGGAGGUGGAGCUGCUGCCGGGCGUGACAAUGCGUCCGGUGCGUGGCACGGACAGCACGCGGCUGCGACGCCUGCCCCAUCAUGUCCAACAGCCGUACAACAAGGUCUUAACGCGUCGCCUGCAUCAGCAUCAGCAGCAUUCGGGCGCCCGACCCACCGAAUGGGAUUACAAUACCUAUAACAUCUAUACGAACACCUUUGGACCGCCACCGCCGCCGCUGCCGCCAGUCUCGCCGUAUGCCGGCAAGGGUGAGGACAACACGGGCGAUGUGGAGUUUAUCGGCGUCAGCGGUCGCGGACGUGGCUACGAGUACGUGCCGCCCAUCACAACCGCGGCGCCGCCGCCGAAUCUCAACCGUCGUGCCAUCACGCCCGGCCUCAGCAUGGGCACCGUGCCGCCGCUAGUGCCAGCCCGGCGUGGCUACAGCUACACGACAACGGCGCCGAGCACCACCACUAGCAGCACCACUAGCAGCACCACCAGCAGCAUCAGCAGCACCACCGAGGAGCCCUACGAGACAAACACAAUCAGUCGCAAUUAUCCCACAGAUGCCAAGGAGAUGGAGCGGCGACACAUUUGCGUGCAGCAGCGCACGAUCACGAUGCCGGUGAAGACAACGGAGGUGUACACGCGACCUACCUGGAAGCACGUGAGCGUGCCCUGCCCGCCGCCCACGCACACCGGCCAGAUGUGCACCCGCGUCCAGCUGGUGCACGAGCAGGCCUAUCGGGACGUCAUCAAGCACAAGCCGGCGCAGCAAAUGACCUACGAUUGCUGCACGGGCUGGACGCGGGAGAACCAACGCGCGGAUGCGUGCAUGAAACCCCUUUGCAGCACGCGUUGCCAGAACGGCGGCAAUUGCACGGCGCCGCAGCUGUGCAGCUGUCCGGCGGGCUUUGGCGGCAGAUACUGCGAGCAGGAUGUGAAUGAGUGCCAGACGGAGAAGCCCUGCGAUCAGCAGUGCAUCAAUACGCCGGGCUCCUACUAUUGUCGCUGUCGGCAGGGCUUCGUUCUGCAGGCGGAUCAGCAGAGCUGCCGCAAAAGCUCAACCCAUGCGGAUGAUGCGUUCGAGGCGCGAGAUCUGGAGAACGACAUCGAUGAGACGGACGCGGCGGUGGUCACGCGGCUGCAGAAGAUCGAACGCUCGCUGGCCAACGAGCGAGUGCACACGAACGAGCUGCAAAAGUCGCUGCAGGCCACCUACAGCGUGGUGGACACCCUGCGCAGCAGGCUCAGCACACUGGAGAAGCAGGCGCUGGAUGUGAACCGCAUGCAGACGAAUCUCUACAAGACAGAGUCGCGCACCAACAAGCUGGAGAGCAUGCUCAAUUUGCUGAUGAAGUGCCGAAGUGGCCCCAACGCGGAUUGCCCCUAAUUGAACGGGGGGGGGGGGGGGGGCGUGGGGCCAGCGCCAACACAGAACUGCAUUUUAUUACGCUCUAGAAAUUAAAAUGGUUUAGUUUAAGCUAAAGAAACUUAUCUAUUUUCGUUUGUGUAACUGUAGCCCAUCCCGCUUGUAAGCCAUUCCCGAACGCAAGUGCCUCCGUAGUUUAUAAAAAGAAAAAGAAAAAAAUGUAGUACUUAAGCGCACGUGUCAUAAAUGUAUGUAUUAAAAUCCAAUGCUCUAGUUGUAA